AUGACCAUGUUUCCCGAGAGCUCAACAUGCCAUCCUGGCAGGAACUACGAACAAAGAAACGUGAAACAAGAGUCCCAAGCUGGACAGCCGAUCGUCUUUAUCUCGAAGACGGAAAGUACCUGUGGAACGCCCUAUUGCAUGCCAACAGGAGGGAAACCCAUCGUUUUCUUCAACUACAGCUCCGUUAGCAGCGCCACCGCCUUCGAGCUCAGUCUAAUAAUCGUUGGUCUCUUCCGCACCCCAACCUUCACGUUGCACCACGUCAUCGUCAGAUACAUCGUUGAUCCGCUCAUGCGAAGGACAGGAUGCUUCAGCCCUCACGCCGAUGCAAAGUUGCGGUCCUUUCAUCACCGCACCUCCGAAUUGCAAAACAACGCCUUCAGCUCAUGA